ACCCACAUUUCUGAACCACCUCUUCCCAACUGUAAAUUCCUUAAAAUGGCGGCUGUCAGUGUUAUUUAAAAGAUUUUUUGACACGUUGGAGCCCUUAAUUACUUUCAAGUGAAAAUUUUUUAAAAUGGGCCAAAAAUUUCAAUACGAUGAAAGUGGAGGGACAUUUUUCUAUUUCUUAUUAUCAUUUCUAGCUUUAAUUUUAAUACCAGCAACAUUUUAUUAUUGGCCACGAAAGAAGAAGAGAGAUCCCCAAGAAGAAAGUAAAGAAUGCAAAUGUCCGGGAUGUAUCACAAAAAGAGAAUAUUUAAAAAAUGCCAAGCCCUGGAAAGGGCCAAAGAACUUUCUGAUAAAGUUAGUCAUAAUAGCCGGUUGGGUAAUUUUAAUUCUACUCGCCUACAAAGUCUCACAGUUCGAUUACGAAAUGGCUAAUUUCGAUCCAUAUGAAAUACUAGGAAUUCCCGUAGGUGCUAGCAACAGUGAAAUUAAGAAGGCUUACAGAAAGCUCUCGCUUAUUCUGCAUCCUGAUAAGGACACAGGAAAUGAAAAGGAGUUUAUGAAAUUAUCGAAAGCCUAUCAAGCUUUAACGGAUGAAGAAGCGAGGAGAAACUGGGAGAAAUACGGCAAUCCAGAUGGUCCCGGUGCCAUGAGUUUCGGUAUAGCUUUGCCGUCCUGGAUUGUAGAAAAAGAAAACAGCGUUUGGGUGCUUGGUUUGUAUGCUCUUGUCUUUAUGGUCGCCCUUCCCAUUGUGGUUGGUACUUGGUGGUAUAGAAGUAUCAAAUUCACUAGCGAUCAGGUGCUUUUAGAGACGACGCAGCUUUAUUACUAUUUCUUCCACAAGACUUCUAACAUGACCCUGAAGAGGGUCAUAAUGAUCUUAGGUGCCAGUCUCGAAUUCGACAAAAAGCAUAACUCCGAAAUAGUGGAGCAGCAGUCCGAUAACGUCGAAUUUCCGCAACUGAUCAAAAAGUUGCCAAACCUCAACGAGAAGAACAAGGAGUUCCCCUUGGGCUGCAUGUACAGUAUUAAAGCUCGUGCAAUAAUUCAUGCACAUUUGAGCAGGAUUCCCCUUAAUCCCGAAACGUUGGAGCAGAACCGGAGGUACAUUAUUGGAAAGUGUCCGUUCUUGAUUCACGAACAGGUCAACUGCGUGAAUCAGAUCAUCCUGCUGGCAUAUUCCAGGCGAGUUCCGAGACUGCCCAGCAUCGAAACUGUAGAGAAUUGCAUGAAAUUGUGCCCGAUGGUGGUCCAGGGCCUGUGGGAGUUCAAGUCGCCCCUGCUGCAGCUGCCUUACAUAAACGACGACAACAUGAAACAUUUCAUGUCGAAACGGAGGCAGAUCAAGUCCCUGCAGCAAUUCGCCCAACUCAAAGGCGAAGAACGUAGGAACUUGUUGAGGAAUUUGUCCGAUGAGGAGUACGAGAACGUCAUGAAGGUGCUCGGGAGGAUGCCUUACGUCGAUUUCCAGAUUCAAGUGGAAGUGAUGGACGACGACAACCCGACUGAAGUCACCGCCGGUGCCAUCGUGACGGUUACGGUAACCUUAAUGAGGCAAGACAUGAGCAUCCUGUUUGGAGAUGAGACCGUUAAGGAGGCUCCGGUGAUUGCGGAGAACGGGGUGGAAGAACCCAAGGAAGGUGCGGCAGAACCCGAGAUUGAGUCUGUUAAGAGACCCGUGUGGCUUAAACAGAAACGAGGUGGCGGGAAGAAAACGAAGAAAUCCAGCAAGCAAGUCACUAAACCGGUCGUCAACGCGACGAAACCGAAGGCCGAGGAGUCGCCUAACCCGUCUGAGAAUAAAAAGGAGAAGGAAAAACAAGAAAAACCCAAAGUGAAGGAAGCAAAGGAUGAAGACGAGACGGAUAAAUCCGAUGAAAGCGACGCGGACACCAACGAGAACAAUGAUAAGUCCUCGGACGAGAGCGUUGUAAAUAAUAAUAAGUUCAAUAACGAGGAUGACGAUCAGGAGUGGGAGAAAUUCCGUAAGAUCCACGACAGGGAGAAAUCGCUGGAAGGAAAGUCGACGUCGUCUCAUACCGUUCACUGUCCGCUAUUCCCGUACGACAAGCAGGAAUACUGGUGGACAUACAUUUGCGACAGGAAGUCCAGGACGCUCCUCACGGCACCCUAUCACGUCACGAGUCUUGUUGAAAGGGAAACUAUUCAUCUGAAGUUCACGGCGCCCAAUUGGCCCGGAGUGUACACUUUUACAGUCUGUCUACGAUCGGAUUCCUACAUAGGAUUCGAUCAACAAAAAGACAUAAAGUUGGACGUCAAGGAGGCGCCCGCCGAGAUCACGGAACACCCGCAGUGGGAAUUCGAGGAUUCAGAGGAAGAAGGCCCGGCGGAGAAUAACGAUCACGAAUCCGAGUACACGACCGAUGAAGACCUGCCGGAAGACUAAACUUUUGGUCACGUGUGAGAAUCUAUACUUAUUUAUUUAGUUUAUUAUUCGUUUUAACACUGAAUCUACCAAAAAAAUGAUUCUCGACUUUACGAGAAGUGAUUUUUUUUUAAAUAUAUUAUCGGGAAUAUUUAUUUUGUAAUUUACAUUUUGUUUCUGGUAAUCUUUAAAUGUAAGAGUGAGAGCGGUUUUGCAUUUGAAUUAUUAUUGAAUUUAGUAAAAUAAUUUUCUGUAUGGUGCAAAAAUUUUUUAGUUUUUUUUUCGAGUAAUUAUUUCUAAAGUCGGUAACCCUUAAGUGUAAG